AAUAAGCAAGUAAUUCAUGAAAUAUAACAUCGUAUCAAUUGCUGCGUUCAUUUCCUGACACUCAAAUAUAACGAGAUCUCUUUCUCCAUCUCAAAAGUUAACGCCAAUGAAUAAUAAUGGCUGACGAGAAGGUUUGCAAGCAGUUCAUGAAGACCUGCGCGCUGUCCGGAAGUGAAGACCCGACGGUGAUGACGCGCCACUGCAGCCGGAACAUCCGGCGCUUCUUCUGGGACGAGGUCAAGGACCUGGAGCACGUGAAUCUCAAACACUGCGAGGAGAAAGUCUUCAAGGAGGUCAUGAACAAAAAGAAGCAAAACAUGCGAGUGGAUCCCGCGCACGUGGAUGCCUAUAUAACCGGGAUAGCGCACGAAAUCACGAAAAUACAGCGAGGAGACCCGAAGUUGCCACGUGACGACCCACGAGUCACAGUAACAAAGGAGCUGCUCGAAAACAUCGUGCGCACCACCAAGGUCAUGAUGACCGGAGCGAUCGAAAAGCCAAACGACGGGCGGGGUCCGGCGGGCCCGCUGACUGUCGGUGCCGACGACGACAUCGUGGUUCCCCAAAACCGCACUAAGGAGAACGUCAAGUACCAGUUCCGGAAACCCGAGUUGCCCAAGGCGAUGCGCCACGUGUACGAUCUGCGGCACGGGAAACCUAUUGUUAUAGCGAAGCGGGACUACGGGAACUUGUCGUAAACAGAAUAUAGAAUUGACGUCUUUGCAUCUUUAAAGGGGCCUUUUCACAGAUGUUGGCAUUUUUUUAACUUAUUCAUUAAAUGCUUUAUAUUGAUAAAUGUAAACAUUGGAUCGUAAAGCUCCAGUAAAAAAUCAAGAAAAAAAUUAAAAAAAGGAAAAAAACAUUGCCCGGAACAGGUUUCGAACCAGUUACCCCUGGAGUCCUGCCAGAGUCCUGAAGUAAAAACGCUUUAGCCUACUGAGCUAUUCCGCCGAGUACACAUUCUUGACGUAUUUUAUACCUUAUAUAAGCAAUCUUCGUAGUUUCACAAAAUUUAACGACAAAAACAGAACUCUCCAAAUUAUUCAAUCGUUUCGCGUUGCAACGCUUUAUAAUUUUUAGGUUUUAAAAUCGUCAAAAGAUGCAUAUAAUGGCUAUAUUAGAGCAUGGUUAAUGUUCAGUUUUACUGUUUCCUCACAAAUAUCAUAACUUAAACGAAAACUUACGAAUCUGAAACAACUUUUUUCAAUUUUGUCAAUUUACCAAAGCGUGAAAAGAUCCCUUUAAGAAUGAUGGAGAGUAUGUCGGUACAUUUCAAUUACCGCCAUGACGCUUUGAUGAAAGUAAAUUAAAGGGGCCCUCUCACGUUUUGGUAAAUUGAUAAAAUUUAAACAAGUUGUUUCAGAUUCGCAAAUUUUCGUUUUAGUUAUGAUAUUUGUGAGGAAAUAGUAAUACUGAACAUUAACCAUGCUCUAAAAUAUCCAUUAUAUGCAUCUUUUGACGAUUUAAAAACCUGAAAGUUAUAAAGCGUUGCAACGCGAAACGAUUGAA